AUGGGCCAAUCGCAGUCGCUAUCGCUGGUCGAGGCGUCGGAGCUGAUUCGCCAGCAACUCUCUGCUGACGUGUUCGUCUCCCAUUUGCUCGCCGUCGAGCCGCACUCGUGGCGUCGCCCGCCAUUACCGCACAGCGGACUAAUAGUGUGCGAGAGGUGGAUGAGCGCGGAGUGCGCGUGGCUUCCUCUAAGGCUAUGUCCCCCCAUCCUUCUCCCCUUCUCUCCUUUUCCUUCCCAUCCCUCUCCCCCAUCCCUCUCCCCCAUGCCUCUCCCCCAUCCCUCUCCCCCAUCCCUCUCCCCCAUCCCUCUCCCCCAUCCCUCUCCCCCAUCCCUCUCCCCCAUCCUUCUCCCCCAUGCCUCUCCCCCAUCCCUCUCCCCCAUCCCUCUCCCCCAUCCCUCUCCCCCAUCCCUCUCCCCCAUCCCUCUCUCCCAUCCCUCUACCCCAUCCCUCUCCCCCAUCCCUCUCCCCCAUCCCUCUCCCCCAUCCCUCUCCCCCAUCCCUGAUAUGAAGAUAGAGCCGACUAAAAAACAACCACCUCCCUGUCCCUCUCUCCCCCAUCUCUCUCCCUGCCCCUCUCUCCCCCAUCUCUCUCCCUGCCCCUCUCUCCCCCAUCUCUCUCCCUGCCCCUCUCUCCCCCAUCUCUCUCCCUGCCCCUCUCUCCCCCAUCGCUCUCCCUGUCCCUCUCUCCCCCAUGCCUCUCCCCCAUCGCUCUCCCCCAUCGCUCUCCCCCUAACAGGUGGAGGUGGAUGA